AAUUCUUAUAUAUAUCAAUUAUAUUUAUUAUUUUUUAUGCAUUUAUUGUAAACAAAUGUGUAUUAAAUCGUAUUUAGCACGGAUCACUAUCGUAUUUAGCAGAGAUGCACUAACAAAGAAAGAUACAUAUAAGAGACUGACAAAUGUGCGUUCACAGUUUACUAAACUACUUACUCUACUCAUACAAAACCAAUUAUUGUCGCGUGAGGGGUGAAUAACUGACACAACUUAACACCGAUAUGAUAGAGGCAUGGUAAAUAGAGGACAGUAUUCCCUGCUUGUUUCGUAGUUCAUAUUUUGUCCAUACUUGUCGCUUAAGUCACAUAUGCUUUUUUGAACAAAAAAACAGCCUUAAUAUAUUAUUUAUUUCGAUCGCGAUGAUCGUACCCAAGGUGGCGUAUUGCGAAGGCAGGAGAAGAAGUCAAGGCUAUAUAUAAUCUUUCUGAAUCACAUGCAAUAUUUUUUCGACAACAAAUUACAUAUAGGUUUCUGAAAAAUAAAAUGCGUGAAAAAAUUCUAUGCACGCCUCAAGUAUAUGGGCUCAAAUUUGAAUAUAUAAAACUUCAUGCUCAAUAUCCAGAACCUGAGGCAGCUUUACUAUCUAAUCUUGUAAAUCUUCCAAAAGAGUGGUAUAUCGUACAAGUCACAGCACAAUUUGAGGACUCUUUGUAUUUACAGUACAAUAAACAUACUUAUCAUUCUAUGCAUGCUCUACACAUUACUAUACUUCCAACUGGUAAUAGCAUUAUAGAACCACUUUGUAUAACUUUACCAAAACCACAGACACAUACUAUGUAUGAUAUAUGCAAUGAAAUUCAUGAGAUUUUGGGUAAUAAUAAAUCAGAUCUAACAGCAACAUAUGCAAAUAAAGAAUUAUAUUGGAAGAUGCGCCUGAAGCAAGAUAAUAAAAUGAAGACAGCAGUUCAUGAAUUAGAAUUCACAUGGUUACGUGAAUGGAGAAUACUUUUUAUGGCAGAUCUCAUUGAUAACAUGGAUGUUGCAACAGAUAUGGAAUUAAUAAUUGAUAAAUUAAUAGCAGAUUGUCCAUCUUGUGACUAUAUAUGCCCCCGUACUAAGUGGUUAUUAAAAAAGAUAAGCCUGGGUGCAUGUUUUUUGACAAGAGAAGAAAUAGCACGAGCUGUUAAAUAUGUUCUUUGCAAUCACGAAAAACUGGCAGAAAAUGUGAUACUUUCAAUUUAUGGAAAAUUAUUAGACUUACAGAUAUUACGAAAUGCAAAGAGAAAAACUUUGGUUUUAAUUAUAGAUGAACAUAUGGACUUUUUACCAUUUGAGUCUAUAGAAAUUCUUAAAAAUAAUCCUAUUACACGAUUCUCUUCCAUCUAUGUAGCAUAUGCAUUAUUUAAACAGCAUGAAAAUACAAUAAAGGAUGGAUGUAAAAUAAUUAAAGCAAAAGAUAAUCUUGGUACAUGUAUAGUUAAUCCUUCUGGUGAUUUAUAUAAAAUGGAAAAACGUUUAGAAUUAUUUAUAAAUUAUUGGUUAACAAACUGGAAAAGCUUAUACAAUACAAAGCCAAAAGAAGACAUGUUUGAAGAUGCAUUGGUUAAUUAUGAUAUUCUAAUGUAUAAUGGUCAUGGAAGUGGUAUACAGUAUUUACCUGGAGAACAUAUAGAAAAACUCAAGGUAAAGGCAAUCGUGUUACUAUUUGGAUGCAAUAGUAUCAGAAUGACUCCUAUAGGUGGACGUUUUCCCCCUUAUGGUAUAACCAAUCAAUAUUUGAUCGCCAGCAGUCCAUGUGUUUUGGGCAUGCAAUGGGAAGUAACAGAUAGCGACAUUGAUAAAAUGACAGCAAGUUUUAUUAGCACUUGGAUUCCAUCGUCCGCCCAACGAUCAUGGUCUCAUGUAGAUAUUGAUGCAUGGUGCCAAGGCAAUUUUAGAUUUGUAAAAGAUUCUCAAAAAAAAAUGGCUAAGGUAACAACGGAACCUGAGAUGUUGAGAGCAAUAUCAAAAUCAAAAGAAGCAUGCUCACUAUACAUGACAGCAGCUUCAAUAAUUACACGUGGUUUACCAAUAAAGCUCGAAUAAAUGCGUUACACAUAUCGGUGAUACUGUUGUCAAUAUAUAUAUGCACUUUUGCGACAUUUUUUAAAAUUUGCAAAACUUAAAAAAAUAUAAACUUUCAAAGUAGAAGAUAUUUCAUGUAUUUUAUCUCUUAUUGUCUAAAAAAAUCAAUUUCAAGUCUACUUUUCUCACAUGAUAAUUUGUGGUUCCGGCACAGAAUUCGAAAUAUUUUUAUGUGGUAAUACUUGACCACCAUUGAUAUAAAGUUCGUCUUGAACUAUUACGUCUUCUCCGAGAACUGUUGUACCUUCCAUUCGUACCCAACGUCCGACGACACUACGCCAACCAACGAUACAACUAUUUAACAAAAGAUAAAUAAUAAAUUUCUUAAGAAAAA